UGGAAAACCAUUCCUAAACUGAUUUACCAUUUCACGGAAUAUAGCUCUCAGUUGUUAUACUGUUGACAACUCUACGUGUCCAACCUUAAAACCUCCAUAAUUGACAAUUUCGGAAUAAAUCCUGGCCUUUGAAAUAUGCAGUAUGAUCUUUAAUUAGGUAAUAAUUUACUUGUCAUCGUACCAUGGGCUGGGACUGAGAAACUGCUGAUAACCAAUAUGUUUAAGAACAAGAUGGUACUUUUUAAAAAAAAUGCGAGUGAACGGAUAUGACGGAAGUUUUUUUACAGUCGGCUGAAGUGGAGGUUGGAGGGUUUGGUUUGGCUCACCCCUUUAUGCGUGGGUCUGGUCUUUCAUUUGAGGCAAAACUUUCUGACUUCAAAAACAACACACGACAGCUAAGUCACUGUGGAUACAGUAUGAAUUAAGUGCUUUCUUCGACUGCUUGGUUGAGUUGAAAAAGCGUGGUUAGAAAUGAAUUUGAGAUUUGUAGCCACUUGCAAAUUUCUUGGGGAAAAAAAAUGCAGAGAGUCUGAGGAAAGAAUUUUUUCAGGAUGCAGACGCGAGUAACGCCCUCUAGGAAGAGGCUAUAAGAGAAAGGGAGGAGAGCUCGGUUUCAGUUCUUACUGCGAACAGACGCAGGGUGAAUGUGGCCGCGAUUUUUCGUACGAAUCUCUGACACCUAGUAAAUCGUGUUGAGAUCGUAUGAUUCGUUAUUUUCCGGAACCUGGUCUGCUGCAGUUUGGGAGGAACCCCGGCCGCUCGCACUGAGAUGACUUACCGUUCUCUUCACUAAAACUGGUCCACUUUAUUUGUUUUCAAUUCUUUGUUCGCCCUGCCUUUUUUUUUACAAAGCUUUCCUUUGCGCAAAUUGAACACAAAACGGAAUCACCCCAUGGAUCGAAAGUACAGUGCUCGCGAGGAGGGAGUGCCAACCUCAAUUGGCGGGACCCCUGAUGAAGCCGGGGUUCCAAGUCUCGCUGCUACCGACAUGAUGACUCUGUUAACUCGCUUCAGCAAAACACUUCUGUGGCUCAUGUUGAUCUAUCUAACCGGUUACUUCGGGCUGAGUGUGAGCUUUCUGAUUUUCGGACUGAUGCUGUGGAUGGGGUGGAAAAUGCGGAGACAGAGCAAACAGAACAAGCUGAGGGACGCCUUCUACCUCCUGGAAAACGAAGAGAACGUCACCAGAAAAAGAACAAACAAGAGCCUGCCAGCUUGGAUUAACUUCCAGGAUCUUGAGCGUGCAGACUGGUUAAACAAGGUUCUACAGCAAGCAUGGCCAUUUGUUGGUCAGUACCUGGAGAAGCUGUUGGUGAACUCCAUUGCUCCCAUUAUUCGGAAUUCAAACAAUCAUCUGCAAACCUUUGCCUUCACAAAAGUCAGCUUUGGAGUGAAGCCUCUGAAGAUUCAUGGAGUACAGGUGCAUACAGGUACAGACAAAAGGCAGGUCACACUUGACCUGCAUAUCAGGUAAUUGACUCACCGUUUAAUUCCACUUUCCUGCUUAAGCUCCAAGAUGAAAGCUCCUUGCAUAUAGAAGUACAUAUUAGCUGUCAUAUUUGUAAUUUAUUUGCCUUUUCCUGCUUGAUGCAUUAAUCUAGUGUAUUUCCUUGACCUUUGAUGUUGACACUUGGUUUUUCGAUUGAUUCACAACUGCUUUAAAAAAAACUGGGGUAUAUCAGUGAAAUUAUCUUAGCACAUUUUUAAAAAUUAUUCCUAGGUCUCUGCCAGUGUCAUUGGAGGAGUCAGGAAAGCUCUGUCCAACCUUCUGUUCAUCACCUGUGUUUUUAAACCAGGGAUUCACUGCCUGGGAAAGUGAGGCCCUGAACUGUGUUCUAGCUCUCUUUACUCUUGCUUGGCACCAAGCUGUGCCUCAGCUAUACUGUGGGCUGUAAAUAAA